UCGGAUUCAGUUUCCACCACGGUUUUCCACAUUUCCUUGACUCAGUGUUGUUAGUUAUCGAUGUUAAGGAGGGGGAAUAUCUCUUGACUUGAGUUUAUGAACAGUUUGGCUAGCUACGAACACUUCCGGUUGCAGGUACGCCCCCUUCAGUUUAAGGCCGGGUAGUAUUUUUUAGUGAAGUGUCAUGCUGAGUGUUUGCAGUGUCUGUGGGUCUGUAAUCUCCAGAAAAAAACACGACAAACAGCGGGGACUUUCACUUCUCAACCGUGUGACGACUGGGCGUGGCUUGACUGUAACCGUGUUUUACGCUGGUUUUAUGUCGGCUGAUGGCUUCCGUGUCUGACUUCUUCUGGACCCGUGUAUUUUUUCCCCACUAAAGCUGCCUUGACUGUGUAAACUGUUACCAGGAACCAUGGUGAACUGCUGCUGUGGGCUCCUGACUUUGAAAAAGGAACCAGUUCCUCUGAAGAGCGUGGAGGUGGAGGUGGAGGUUCGAGACCAUGUGGCUACAGUGGUCUCCACUCUGAACUAUGAGAACCAAGAGGACAAACCACUAGAGGCUGUUUUUGUUUUCCCUCUGCCUGGAGAUGCUGCUGUCUGCCAUUUCAGCGCUAAGAUCGGGCAAACAGAGAUUGUAGCUGAGGUGAAGGAGAAGCAGAAGGCUCGUGAGGAGUACGAUGAUGCUUUGAGCUCUGGCCAGCAAGCCUUUCUACUGGAGGAGAGCGAGCAGAGUCCAGAUAUAUUCUCUCUGAGUGUUGGCUGUCUUCCUCCAAAAGAGAGCGCCUCAAUCAGACUGGAGUAUGUCACUGAGCUAGCUGUUCAGGCUGACGAUGGGCUGAGGUUUUGUCUUCCUGCUGUGCUCAACCCACGCUACCAACCUCAAGGAAGUGAAGGUCAAGGAGGCGGCAACAUCCAAGUGACAUCGAUUCCAGCCUCUAAGGUGCCCUACAGUCUGUCUUUCUGUGCCCGGGUGUCGUCUCCUCGUCCGGUGGUUAAAAUCGAGUCCAACUGUUCCCUCGAUCCUCUUCAGUAUCUGAACACAGAGCAAACCCAAGCCACGACCAAGCUGGCUGCUGGACACAAGUUUGACAGAGAUGUUGAAGUGCUGAUUUAUUACAAAGAUGCCCACCAGCCCACUGCUGUGAUGGAGGCUGGAGAGGCCUCUGCCAAACCUGGCACUCUGAUGGGUGAUCCAGCUGUGAUGCUGAGUCUGUAUCCUGAGUUUCCCCAGUCUGUGAUGUCUUCAGUCGCUUCAUGUGGAGAGUUUGUGUGCCUGCUGGAUCGAUCUGGGAGUAUGAGUGCACCCAUGAACAACAGCAAGAAUCGUCAGAGUCGCAUUGGCAGCGCCAGGGAUACUCUCCUCCUCCUGUUGAAGAGCUUACCGUUGGGCUGCUAUUUCAACAUUUAUAGUUUUGGGUCCAGCUAUGAACACAUCUUCCCGAAGAGUGUGGAGUACAGCCAAAAGACCAUGGAGGAAGCUCUGAAGAAAGUUGGAGAGAUGGGGGCUAAUCUGGGAGGAACGGAGAUCCUUCGGCCACUUCAACAUAUUUACAGCCAGCCCUGCAUUCAGAAUCAACCAAGACAACUCUUUGUCUUCACCGAUGGAGAAGUGGGAAACACCAAACAAGUCAUCGAUCUGGUGAAGAAGAAUUCACAUCUGCACAGAUGUUUCUCUUUUGGGAUCGGGGAAGGAGCCAGCUCUGCUCUCAUCAAUGGGCUGGCCAAGGAAGGAGGAGGUCAUGCUCAGUUCAUCACAGGCACCGACAGGAUGCAGCCCAAAGUGAUGCAGUCACUGCGAUAUGCUCUGCAGCCGGCCGUGAUUGACGUCUCAGUCUCCUGGGAUCUGCCGAAGAACGUGUCUGUCUCAGUCCUCUCUCCACCAAUCACAGCAGUGUUCCAGGGUCAAAGGUCGCUGGUUUAUGCCCAGCUCAGUGGACAGAUUCCAGAGGCAGCAGAGGGCUCUGUGACAGUGAAGUACACGCUGGCUGGUCAGCCCCUGCAGAACCGGUUUAACUUCAGCCUGAAACCUGCAGAGGACUCUGGACUAACAGUUCACAGACUGGCUGCUCGGUCUCUGAUUCGCUCCCUGGAGAUGGAAAACCGAGAGUCCAAAGACCAGCAGGAUGAAAGUGUGAAGAAGAAGGUGGUGGAGCUCAGUGUGCAGUCAGGAGUGAGCAGUGCCUUCACUGCCUUUAUCGCUGUCAACAAAGGUGAUGGUGAGGCAAUACAAGGACCUCUGGUGCGCAGAGAUGUGCCGACACCCAGGUUCGUGGCUAUGAACACUUUAUGCCGCAGUAUGCCGCACUUUAGGUCUCAACCGCUUACGGCUUGCAGGAUGUCAUCAUCAAAGCCUCGACUGCUUAUGAAAAGCUCUGGUUCGUCAAAAAAAAGAGUCCUGGGUGGUGGUCCUAGGGUGGAGGCCUGUGCAAUGCCUCCACCAGAUAUAAUUGAAUGUGAUUUCGGCAUGGCCGUUGACAUGUCUGAGCCCAGUGAGCCCCCCAUGGACCCUCUGCUCCAGCUGGUCUCUCUCCAGAAGGCAUCUGGCUGCUGGGACCUGGCUCCAGAUCUUGCUGCUGCAGUGGGCAAAACCAGUGAAGAGGUGGAAAAGCAAAAACCUGCAUCAGUGAGCCAGGAAGUAUGGGCCACCAUUCUGUCUCUGAUCUGGCUUCAUGGUUUCAAGAUGGACUCUAAGGAUGAGUGGGAUCUUCUGGCCAUGAAGGCCGUGUCAUGGCUUCGUGCACAGAAUGCAUCGUGUGUGGAAGAGUGCGUGGACGCUGGAAAUGCACUGUUGGGCUGCAAAGUGCAGAAAGAUGCCCUGGGUCUUUGACAGUUUCUUUACUGGUUUGUCCUUUAAUGGGAUUGCAUUUGCACCAGUAGCACUAUGCACCAUGCAUUUAUACUUAUCUUUGAUGGGCUGCUGUUGGUCCCUCGUGCUUUUGCCAAUGUUUUUGGAGAUUCUGGUUGUUCGCUGUGUGUGUGUGUGUUCUGUUGGUCAUAUCGUUAGUUUCCAAACACUUCAGGAACAAAAUCAGUUCAGAUGUUUAGAGUCUUGUAAUAUGUGCUAGGCUUUACUUUUCUUUAUUUCUUCUUAGAGCACACUUUUUGGUUUGGUUGUGCUUAAUCUGUCAAUUGUGUUCAUAGUAGAUCUGUGUCAGUUCCUUGGCUGCCUUCUCUAAGCUGACUACCAUUCAUCACAGCAGAUAAUGCCUUGACUAUGUUACGUACUCUGACAAACUCACUUUAAGGAAUCCUAACUAACCCCAAAGGGAAAAAUGCCUUUUUUUGCCAAAUGUUGCAAAAACAACUGACAAUUAAACUUUGAG